AAAUACAAGUAGAUACAAGAAAGCGGCUUCCGUUAGAACUAGACGGCCCCUUUGACUAGUUGGCCAAAAAAGUCAUUUUCCUCACACUCUUCUCUGUGUCUGUGAUUUCAACAAGAAUAGAAUAGAAUGGGAUCGCUGUCACCGGCGAUGACCCCCAAGCUACUGCUUCCGGCCAAAACCAGUCACACAAUUUCCCUGAAUGCAGUCUUCCGCCCACCUUUCCCGUCUCCGGGAAGCAUGAUCAAGCGGAUCCGUUGUAAGUCCAUUGAUUUUAGCCAUCCUGAUUGGAAGACUAAGUACCAACAAGACUUCGAGCAGCGAUUCAAUAUCCCUCACGUCACUGAUUUCUUCCCUCACGCUCAAUCCUACCCUUCCACUUUUUGUCUCAGAAUGAGGACUCCAGUGAGUGAAGAUUUUGCACAAGGGUAUCCCUCUGAUGAGGAGUGGCAAGGAUACAUUAAUAAUGACGAUAGAGUGCUACUUAAGGUUAUUCGAUUUUCCUCACCUAGAUCUGCUGGUGCUGAGUGUAUCGAUCCUGACUGUACAUGGGUGGAACAAUGGAUUCAUCGUGCUGGUCCUCGUGAAAAAAUAUACUUUAAACCAGAAGAUGUGAAGGCUGCAAUUGUAACUUGUGGCGGACUCUGUCCUGGGCUUAAUGAUGUCAUACGACAGAUUGUCAUCACACUUGAGAUUUAUGGUGUGAAAAAGAUUGUGGGGAUUCCUUUUGGAUAUCGUGGGUUUGGGAACGAAUUAGCUGAAAUACCUUUAACCAGGAAGGUUGUACAAAAUGUACAUCUUUCUGGUGGAAGCUUGUUAGGAGUUUCACGUGGCGGACCCAAUGUCAGUGAAAUUGUUGACAGCAUGCAGGAAAGAGGAAUCACCAUGCUUUUUGUGCUCGGUGGAAAUGGAACACAUGCUGGUGCUAAUGCCAUACACAAUGAGUGCCGAAAACGAGGGUUUAAGGUGGCUGUGGUUGGUGUUCCCAAAACUAUAGAUAACGAUAUCCUGCUGAUGGAUAAGACGUUUGGUUUUGAUACUGCUGUUGAGGAAGCACAAAGAGCCAUAAACUCUGCAUACAUUGAAGCGCAUAGUGCUUAUCGUGGCGUUGGGGUUGUGAAACUGAUGGGGCGUAGUAGUGGUUUUAUAGCUAUGCAAGCAGCACUUGCUAGUGGGCAGAUUGACAUAUGUUUGAUUCCUGAGGUACCGUUUGAGUUGCAUGGACCACACGGUGUUCUAAACCAUCUAAAGUAUCUACUUGAGACAAAGGGAUCAGCUGUCAUCUGUGUAGCAGAAGGAGCCGGUCAGAAUUUUGUGGAGAAAACAAACGCCAAGGACGCGUCUGGAAACAUUGUAUAUGGAGAUAUUGGUGUUCAUAUACAUCAGGAGAUAAAAAAAUAUUUUAAGGAGAUUGGUGAUCCAGCUGAUGUAAAAUACAUUGAUCCUACAUACAUGAUCCGUGCCUGCCGAGCAAACGCAUCAGAUGGAAUUCUGUGCACGGUGCUGGGUCAAAACGCGGUCCAUGGAGCAUUUGGUGGAUAUAGUGGGAUCACGGUUGGCAUAUGCAACACGCACUACGUUUACCUUCCUAUUCCUGAAGUUAUAUCUUAUCCAAAGACUGUUGACCCGAACAGCCGGAUGUGGCAUCGUUGUUUGACUUCAACCGGACAGCCCGAUUUCGUCUAAUCCGUAUAACCGAUUUUGUUCGAAUCUUUAAAUUACUACUUGCACGCAAAAUGACACCAUUUUGAGAAAUAAAACACAAGUUACGAUUUGUGAACACGAUGCUUUUAAACAAUCUAGAAAACAAAUAACCAAAAAGACCAUUGAAAGUGGAUUUUUGUUUUAAAUUUUAUAGUUGGUCUUGUGAAGGAUAUUAUGGAAAUGGAGGCUCCUCCCUUCACUGAUUCUGUCUGUAUUCUAACCCUUGUUGGAUUAAGUAAAAUCUUGUUGAUUAUUUAUUC